ACCGCUUAUUAUUUCCCACACAUUUUGGAGAUUUGUGCGUGUUGAGUGUGCAGUGGAUGUAUACUAUACAUAUAGCAUCUCUUUCACCAUUCUUGAGCUUGUGUGGAACUCAGUUCUUGUCCGAGAAUUACAGAGGGCAUAACAAAGUAAAGUGUGGGCUGGUCACCUGUCGACCCAGUGCGGCACACCACAAACUGAUGAGGACAUUGUGACCUGAUCAGGACACUGCGACAUCAGAGCAGGAGCGAGAAGUCGCCUUACGCACAGCCAUGGCGCUUCACAAGGGAGCUUUGCAGAUUCUGGAGAACAACGUGGGCGUGAGCGACGCGGUGCUUCUGGAUCCCAUGACCGAGGAUGCCUUCAUCACCAACCUCCAGGAACGCUUCAGACAUCAGCAGAUUUAUACUUACAUUGGGAGCGUAGUGGUGUCCGUCAACCCGUACCAGAAACUGCCCCUGUACACGCACAGCAUUGUGGAGGAGUAUCGCAGUCGAAACAUCUACGAGUUGCCUCCUCACAUAUAUGCCAUUGCAGACGAUGCCUACCGGUCAAUGCGGGACCGUGGACUUGACCAAUGUAUCAUCAUAUCUGGGGAGAGUGGCUCCGGUAAAACAGAGGCCAGCAAGGUGAUCAUGCAAUAUGUGGCGGAGGUUUCGGGCAAAGGUCAGGAAAUCGACCGUGUCAAGGAGCAGCUGCUGCAGUCCAACCCUGUGCUGGAAGCUUUCGGUAAUGCAAAGACUAACCGUAACGACAACUCCUCCAGAUUUGGCAAGUACAUGGACAUAGAGUUUGAUUUCAAGGGCGAUCCAGUGGGCGGCGUCAUCACUAACUAUUUAUUGGAAAAAUCGCGAGUGGCGGUUCAGAGUAAAGGGGAGCGCAACUUCCACAUCUUCUACCAGCUGCUGUCUGGCGCUCCUCCCCAGUUACUAGAGGAUCUGAAACUGGUACGAGGGACGGAACAUUACAGUUUUCUGAACACCAGUGGUUGUGUUGAAGUGGACACCAUUGACGACGGCGCCAACUUUGAGACCGUGUUGAACGGGAUGCGCAUCAUAGGUUUCACCGAGGAGGAAACGCGUGCAGUGCUGCAGAUGGUGGCCGCCGUCCUCAAGUUGGGCAACGUCACCUUCUCGCCACGCCUCAACGCCGACAACACCGACGGCAGCGAUGUGGCCACCCUUAAAGAAAUCGAAGAAGUAGUACAUUUGCUGGGCUGUUCUUGUGAAACGCUGUCCACCGCUCUCACGCACAGAAUAGUUGCUGUCAAAGGAGACAUGGUCACAACUGAUCUUUCUGUUGGAGAAAGUGUCUAUGCAAGAGACGCCCUGUGCAAGGCAAUAUACAGUCGCAUGUUUUCAUGGCUGGUUCGCCGGAUUAACGAUAGUAUAAAGGUCAAGCACAGCAUACGGACCAAGGUGAUGGGUGUUCUGGACAUAUAUGGCUUUGAAGUCUUUGAGACAGCGAAAGGGCAGAGCAACAGCUUUGAACAGUUUAUCAUCAACUACUGCAACGAGAAACUGCAGCAGAUCUUUAUCGAACUAACCCUCAAGGAGGAGCAGGAGGAGUACGUCAAAGAAGGGAUAGAAUGGAUCCACGUGGAAUACUUCAACAACUCUGUUAUUUGUGAACUGAUUGAAAAGAACGUGUCGGGCAUGCUGGCGCUGCUGGACGAGGAGUGUUUGCGGCCCGGCAACACAUCAGACCGCACCUUCCUGGCCAAGCUGGACGAGCGUUGUGCUGACCAUCCUCACUACGAGAGCCGGCACUGUCGCAAGACACAGUCCGACAAAACAUUGCCACACGAGGCCUUUCGCCUUCGUCACUACGCCGGCAACGUAACCUACAAAGUGGAAGGCUUUCUGGACAAAAACAAUGAUCUGCUUUUCCGUGACCUGUCACAGGCCAUGUACACAUGCACACAUCCCUUGCUUCGGGAUCUGUUCCCAGAAGGCAACCCAGAACUGAAGUCGCUUAAGAGACCAGCCACUGCAGGAUCACAGUUCAAAGUGUCAGUCACAGACCUGAUGAAAAACCUGUUGAGCAAGAAUCCAAAUUAUAUCAGGUGUAUCAAGCCCAACGACCUCAAGAGGCCGGAUCAACUUGACCUGCAGAUCGUCAGACAUCAAGUGCGCUAUCUAGGGCUGAUGGAGAACGUGCGCGUGCGGCGCGCUGGCUACGCCUUCCGGCAGCUGUACGAGCGCUUCCUGUACCGGUACAAGAUGCUGGCACCCAGCACGUGGCCGCACUGGCACGGCGAGCCUCGCGAGGGAGUCUGUCACAUCCUGACGGCACAAAUGGUCCCUCAGGAGGAGUUUGCUUACGGCACGACCAAGAUCUUCAUCAGAAACCCCAAGCUGCUGUUUGACCUGGAAGAGCGGCGGCGAGAGCGAAUGCACUUCCUGGCCACGCAGAUUCAGAAGAUGUGGAGAGGCUGGCGACAGCGCACUCUCUAUCUACGCAUGCGCGAGGCACAGAUCGUCAUCUCAGCACGCUUCCGUUGCUACUGGGCACACAAACAAUACUUAAAGAAGAAGUGGGCAACACUUCUUAUUCAGUGCUACACCAGGGGCUGGAAGGCCAGAGUGAUACUGGCUCAGCUGAAGCUGGCCAAGAAGAUGGAGCUGUCGGCCACCACCAUUCGCAGGUUCUACCUGGGCUGGAAGGCGCGCUGCUUGUUGGCUCAACUCAAGGAACACAAAAGAAGGAUGGUCGCUGCAACAGACAUCAGAAAAUUUUUCCUGGGAUACAAGGCCAGACAGCUGUUGGCUCACUUGAAGGAGCUCAAGCGGCGAGAACAGGCGGCCAUCGUGAUUCAGAAGUACACUCGCGGUAUGCAGGUGCGCAAAGCCUACAGCCCCAAGUUCCGCCGCAUCGCUGGCCCCAAGGUGGUUCGCUUCAUGAAGGUAGCGCUGAUGCGGCAGUAUCUGCUGAACCUGAAGAAAAAGCUGCCGUCCAUGUCGCCCACCAGCGAGGACUGGCCGGUGCCGCCCAAACGCUUUCACACCACUUCGGAGGAGCUGCGGCGCAUCUACCAUCGCUGGCGGUGUUUGAAGUACAGACAGCGGUUCGACGAGAAGAGUAAACUCAGAAUGAGAGAAAAGCUCACAGCCAGCACUCUUUUCAAAGACAAAAAAGCAAUAUAUUCAUCAACUGUGCCGCUACCUUUCAAGGGAGACUACAUAGGAUUACCACAGAAUCCCAAGUGGCAGAAGCUGUACCAGUCGUCCGACGAUUCUUACGUCGUUUUCGCCGAUAAUGUGAUGAAGAUCAACCGAGCAGACGGCAAGAUGGUGGGCAAGCUGGUGGUGAUUAGUUCCAAAGCCAUUCUAGUGUUGGACCAGAAGACCUUGGCCCUCAAGUACCGCAUCCCUCUGUCCCUAGUGACCAAGAUCUCAACAUCACCCUACAAGGACCGCCUUCUCGUAUUCCACUUACAGAAGCAAGACAACGGAGAUUCGCUGACCAAGAAAGGAGACUUUGUGUUUAGCAAUGAUCACAUCAUAGAAAUCGUCACCAAGACCUCAAUGGUGAUAGAAAACAUCACAGGCAAGGCACCAGAGGUCCAGGUGUCUCCACGUUUGCUUGCGGAGUUCAAAGGUCACACAGUGGAGGUAUCCUUUAAGAACGGCCAUCCGGAGGUGCAAGGAGAUAAUGUGAGAAUCAGCAGAAAAGGCAAACACCUGGACGUGAUAGGCUCCUAGUCAACCCUGAUCUGUACAGCGGAUCUGCUCUUUCUUGCGUUGUUUUACUUUGUGGGACAUUUUAUUUUGUGGUUUUCGAUGGGUGGACAGUGGAGGGGUGGCACUGGAAUGGAUGAGUAUGAGUGCGAAAGGUAAUAAAGGCACUCACUUCCUCACAUGUUUGUAGUGGACCAACCGCAGCAAGGUUUGGAGGAUCUGAUGAGUGCAGCGAAGAACACUGAGGUUCGGUCGUUGAGAGUGCACGUUGAGUGUGACGAGGAAGUGUGGUUGGUGUGCAUGAUGGAGAGGCAGGCUGGCUGAAUGGCGGUAACUGUACUGUUUGCUGUAUGUUUUAGAACUUUCAGUUAGGAAACUACCAUUUGCAGCAGAGAGCUGCUAACAGGAGUUGUUUACAACUACACUAGAAAGUUGAUAUAAAAUGAUCUUCAUAUUUUUCUCUGCCAGUAGAUGGCUUAAAAUCAAAACUCUAUUAACAGAGGUUUGAACUAAUAAACGUAUUUCCUACGAUAACAUGCCGCUUCCUGAAUACGCUUUUAAGAAGCGAGAUAUUUUUAACCGUUUGUGUUUUCCUGUUGAGUAGGGUCAAUGAAAAAUUAUUAAGAAAACUGUCAAAAGAAAAUUAUUUAUAAAGCAGACAUCCUUAGUCAUUGUUGUUUACAUCGUAAACCCAUAAUUUAAAAAGUUGUUCAAGUAAUCGCCAGGAAAAGGGUUAGAGAUAGAAAGCGCAGGGAAAAAUAAACAUCUGCAGUUUGAUAACUUGUCAACGUUGGGAAAAUUCUCUGCAUGUUAAAGGAGUCUAGACGAAGACAAGGGCUUGAAUAAAAUGUCCACUACAUAGGAAUAGAAGUAGAAGAGUACUACAAGGGAAUUAUGUUUGAUUUUAUUGUGUUUAUAUGAAAUACAUCACUUUCUUUAUUUAUAACAUUUAUUUGCAUACAGUUUUUAUUGCAAGAAGGUGCUUUUGGUUUCCUUCAGAGUUUGGACCAUGUAUUAUCAAAACAUUGCAGAUGCCAGCAUACACUACUUUGUUAUUACGAUUUAUUCCUUAUUAAAACACCAGUAUGAAGAGCAUAUAUACAUAUAUAUUUAUAUAUUCUUAUAUUGAAAGUCAUCAAUUGGUAUAUCUAUACACUGUAUAUAAUCAGUUUUAUUUAUGGAUAUUGAGAACCAAUGUAUAUGUCAAGGCCGAAUGAGGAUGUUGCCAUUGUGUGAUAUUUUGCAUUUUAAGUCUGCUUUGAUUGUGUGUAUAUUUAUAGUUUUUAUUUCUCCAGUCAUUUCUGAUUAAACAUUAUCGAGAUAAUCAUGAGAACAAACUAGCAUAAGAAAGUACACAUAAGUUUAAAUUUUAAUUUUUUUUUUUUUUUUGCAUGCCGCAGUCUGUGACUGAAUUUGAUUCUUUUUCUUCUUUUGCUACUUUUUUUUUAAAUUCCACGGUAAUCGGAAUAUGUUAACAGACCCCUUUUUAAACAGUCGGACCAGUUUGCGGUUACCUUACAUUAUAUAAGCAGUUACUCAGAAGGUUUUAGCUCGUCAAAGAUAUCGACUUGUUUCUCUCGGUCAUUGUAUCAGAUGCGUUUGCAGUGCGCUGUACUGUGUGUGUCGGGGCCAAAUGUUCAACACUUGGCUAGAGGGAUCAUCAGUGCGAUCAGUAAGCUAAACUGAGCAUAACUCGUAAACAUGUUACCUGACUGCCUGGUGUAAACCUUGCAGCUAGUGUCUAAUGCGUGUUUACACCUGGCGCCUGAGAACUAAGGUGUGUGAAGAGAAGAGUGACAUAAGAGGUUGUAGACUGACAGUUUGCAUGUAGAAUACCAGUGAGUGUUCCUGUGCAUGCGUUUGUGGAGCCCCCACCCUCAAGUCUUGAUAAUCAUGUUUCAAAGGUCUUUCAGUGCAUUGCAUUUGGUGAUGUCACGUGGUGUCCCUUCAGUUCAAACGGUGAUGAACAGGAGAGAUACAGUGCGCGUGCGCUAGUUUCCCAAGAUAUUUGUUGAGUUUUAGAGGUGACAUAAUUCAGGUGAGUAAUCAGGCAGUGGUAGAGUGCAUGACGCAGGUCCGUUGUGUACCGGCGAUCUGUCGGAAGCCUUGGCGGUUGUAUUCUCGACUGCAAGCAAGACAUGGCGAGAAACGUGUUGACGAUGCUUGACACCCAAGAAGUGUUUCCGAUGUCAACAAUUUGUCUUUCUCGCUCAUUCACGUGUUAACUUGCGUGUAGUCAAUCGUCAGAGCACGGAUCGUGGCAUGUUGGUCCAUUCGUUGUAUUUGUUUAAUGUGAAAUUAGUAGGUCAGUGAGUGCUUACAUCACUUUGGUCAUUCUGUGUGCUUACGCUGUAUGUGUGAACACAGUCUUGUAUAUGUUGUUGAACACGGUGCAUGUGGUGAUGGAGGUGGAGGAUUGUGCCUACGUGUACAACUCAACGUGUUUCAGACAGUGGCAGCAUGUAGUUCGUGAAGGCGCCAUUGUAAAAACAUUUCUUUAUACUGCGAGUCUAGUGUUUGUUCAAGUAGCCUCUUUCUCUCUCCAGUAAGGUAUGUGGAGUUUUCAGAUUAUGUUCAUUUUCGGUAUUUUUACAAAUCUUUUGUGCGCUUGACAGUAUUGUGGAACCAAGUUUAUUUGAUUGAUGGUUUGAGUUUGAAUUAUCUGGCCUCUCGUACAUAGCUUUUUUCAGUCUAGAUUUGUGAAAACCCGGUUAUGAUAGCAUAUUUAGGGCCGUUCUUUAUUAGCACAAAAGUAGCAGAAAACGGCGUUGUGUAUGCUGCGGACUUUUAUCCUUAACUGCUAUUUCUGCCUAAAUGUUUUUAAAUUAUGUGCUGCUAGAGAUGACAAUUAGUCGUAGCAGCUUCAAAGAGCGGUGAUGUGAACAUUUCCACGUGACGUCUGUCGCACCUGCCACCGACACUCGAUUUUACCUGUGGUGACGUCACAGAUGGCGUUACAGGUGUUUUCCACGUAGGCCAAAAUGUGAUUCACGUGGAAACAAACUACGAGUGAGACUGUUCACUGGACAUGUUCUUCGUGUGAUGGACGUUAUUUCACAGCGUUCACACGUUUGACAUCUUCACAGUGGUAGAGACUGGUAGUUGCGCCUUCUUUAAGCAGCUUUUCAUUUCAAUUUCUCUUUCGCUAUUUAUUUAUUUUUUAAUGUUUGGGUUAUUCAGGCAUGAAUAUUUUUGUUGCUGUGUACCCUGGAUUCAGUUCUUAUUUUUUGUGCAUGGAGCCAGUUUCUAUCAACGUCAAAGAAAGAGAGAGAGAGAGGCGAACAAACAACUGUGUUGGCUGUCAGCAGCUGUGUUCUGGUGAUAGAGUUUAACUCUUCUUUCUUGUCUUCCUGCUGUUUUCUUCACAUUAGAUUCUGCGCCUGGUGCGACCGCUGUGCAUCAACAGCUGCUGCUGACGGCCUCACAGAGAAAGGUGGCGGGAGCAGCGCGAAGGGCAGGCCUCACAGGAUUGGUCGGUGAUGACGUCAGUCGGAGGACGAACCGUCUUACCUGCAUGAUCGGAGGCGAAACAUUGCGCCUUCUCAUUCAUCUGAUCAAGAAGAGACACACCAUUUGAAGAUCUGUUCUUGAACUUAAAUUUAAAGCCUCUCUCUCUCUGCCUCCCUCUCUCUGCCUCUCCCUCUCUCGUCAAUAGUGUCUUUUAAAUGUUCUACAUAACCAUGUGCAGCCAACAAGUGACCACUAGCCAGUUCUCUACUUGCCUUCUUUGGUGAAAAAAAAUGUUUCGACUUACGCCUACGUACAGUGGCGCAAUAGAGAAACCUGUGUUUGGCAUCUUGUUAUUAUACUGAGAAGGAUCUUGAGUUGCUUUCUACUUCAAGUUAAAAUGUUUGCUGCAUUACAUUAUGUUGCAAUAUUAUUUGUGUCAAAAUUAAACUAUUUCGUUGGCACUAAAUAAAGGGAUAAAAUAUUUUUUUUAACUAGGCCAACCGUGCUUUUGCAGAAAAGAUAAUGUCUUUUUUAUACAAAUAAAAUUACCGUGAAACAACUAGUAAAGAUACAAACUUCAGACUCAUAUAAGAAUAACGUCUGCACUCACGUGGAUUCACAAAGACACACACACACAUAUCAACAUCGAUACAAAGAUUUCGCUACACUGUCUCACAUGUACUCACACAGCUGUGUACACAUAGGCACAUGUUGGCGCUCUCGACGGUGUAGAGUCGAUGGUGCAAACGUCUCGUCCCCCUCGCAGCGCCUACGAUUUUACAAGCGCACAAGUAGUAGAUAAUCCAACAAGGACUGUUCCCGUUUCUUUCAUUAUUUCAAAACAUUUUUGUACUUUUAAAUUCUUAUGGCAGGCGCGCUUCUUUGACUCGUAGAAAUGUCCUGGAAAGCCUUGAGAUUUGAGCGAGCUUGUCUGUGAUGUCAAGCCGCUAGCAGUGUACCUGCCAGGUGUUGACACACACACACACGGAGCUAAGUCGGACUGUGCAUGACUCCUCCAUGUUCAGGUUACCGGCAAUCUUGCCACUUCACUAGGGUUUGUGGAGGAGACAGCGUCUGUAGAGAGACUGGCUUGUGUUAUUCGGGUUUUAUACAACUUUUUUGAAACAAUCAAAAUGUGUAUGAUUUCUGUCUUGUCGUGCACUCAAACACAAGUAGCAUGGUCUUUACAGAGUUUGCGCCAUGUACUUAAGCUGCUACAGAGUAUUGCCAAAUCUUUUAGCUACGCUAGUCCACUAUUUGUACUUUCAUACUGAAUUUCUCCACUGUCAAGUAGUCAACCAUUAGUUGUCUUCGGACCGAAAAAAGUGGCCAAUUUGUUUGCAGAAUCGGGGUCUCUGAUCUCCAAGGUGAGCUGCGAGAAUUUUGUCAGGUGUCUCUGCGGAGCGCACGUGCUGUGAACGCGCGUGUUGACGAGCUUGAGACGGCAACAUGAAAGCAAGGGACCUUUUUUUUGUCUGCCCGAGUACCCUAGGGUCCGAUAGCCUCCAUUGUGCCAUUGCAAUCUUUUGGAGAUGUAACUUAGAGGUCUUGACUGUAUGCGAAUAUGCCUUGAACGAUCUGUCCUGGGUUUGCCAAAUCACCAGUGUGUCAAAUCAAGUGCCCUUUUCAUUUAUACGUGAAUGUCAUACGAUUUGUUCAAUCUGUCUGUACAUUUCAUUAUUUUAUUGUGCAUGCUGUCCUAUAUGCGGUAGAACCACCAGUAAUAAAAUUCAAAGAUUGACGGUG